UCUUUAGCACUGUAAGGAUUACGGUACGCAGUGUGUGUGUGGUGAGACUGCACUCCGGUGCGACGUGCUCGGCUUAUCGCUGUGGGCUCAUUGCGCUGAAGCUCUCCUGCAUCACAGAACAAAAACCUUAAAAAAAAAAAAAAGAAAGAGGAAGAAGAAGAAGAAGUAGUGAUGGGGGAAUGACAACAAACCCCGUCCCCGUCUGCGGUUCAACGUCCCCGAGAAGACCCAAGGAUGCUGCUGUUCUCCAGCCCGCGGUGCGGGCGCAGGCGCCGGGCCUCGCUGCUGCUGCCGCUGCUCUCUGCGGUCCUCCUCUGUGUCAUCCCCGUCAGCGCUAGACUGCCAGAGAAGAUUAAAACCUACGACUUGGAUGAAGAAAUUGACUUGCUUCACUCCAUCAUUGAGAGACAGGAAGUGUUGGAGAUGAAGCAACAAACAACAAGAAAGCAAUCCAAACAUCCAGUCACCAUGACUUCCCGAACAGAUAGAAAAAACAGCAAGACGGAUGCCUCCAAACACAAAAAGAAGAUACAGGGAAUAAUGUUAAGUGAAAACCUGAAUAUCUCCACUGCAGCUCCACCUUCUAAUGCAGCAACACCACAACCCAGGACCACUGAUGUGGAGGGCCGCGCUGGGCCUAUACCUGUGCCAGCACCCAUGACAGACACCGUAAUUAUUAUUAUUAUCUCUGUGUGUGUGGUGAUGGGAACGGUGGCAGUGAUCCUGGCUACUGUCUGCUACAUCAAGUUUCAAAAAGAAUCACAUCUUGCUGAGAAGGUAGACUACCCUGCUUUUGGAGGGGCGGGUGUACCUGCCAGUGGUACUUCGAUGGGAGAUAAAACUCUGGCCCAAAGUGCUCAAAUGUUUCACUAUCAACAUCAAAAACAGCAGAUGCUUUCAAUGGGAAAUCACAAGCCAGAACAGAAAGUCGGUGAAACUGAGGGCACAUCAGAUGAGGAAGAAGUGGGAGGUGACUUCACAGUAUACGAGUGCCCCGGACUUGCACCAACUGGAGAGAUGGAGGUGAAGAACCCUCUGUUUGAUGAUUCAGCUGUACCUUAUCAGGGGAAUGCAAAAUGAAUGCUGAGCACUUUACAGUGCACGUGCACGCACACACACACGCACACACACACGCACACACACACACACACACACACACACACACACACACACACACAGGCAUACAAGCCGUUUUUCUGGAAGAUGCCACGCAAUUUCACACUGCAUGCAUCGAAAUGAAGGAUUCUGGUAGAAGAUGAUGUGAUAAAACUGACUUUUUCCUGUUCACCCUUUACUCUAUCUCCCCCAGCACGGCUUUUAAUACUACAAAUGUGUGGUGGUUUCCUUGUUAAUUUAUUUCUGUGUCUGUUUCGAAGCCAUUUUGUCUUUUAAUGUAAGUUUGCAUACCCCGCUAGGUGUUUGUCCUACCUAAAUGUCAAACUCUAAGUUAAGAUUUCCUCCUUUACCUUUGUUAUUUUCCUAAAAAUCUGCAGCUGUUUCCAAAGAAUAUGAUACAAUAGCUAAAACGUGUACCACGCAGAUACAAAUAAAUAAGCUGAAAAUGUCCUAAAAGUCGACAGCCUGAACAGAUACCCAGGAAAAACUCCCUAACACAACACAAGGUUUAACAUUAAAAAUGUUAGUGUUGUUGAGUUUUUGUUUUUGUUUUUUUUUUAAUCCACAUAAGCUGCACAUGAAGAUUUUUAAGACUAUAGAUAUAUUGAAUAGAAAUGAAAAUGAAGUACUCAGUGAUGUCUUUUGCAUGGUUUGAUUGUAUAGUGUUUGAAACAUGGCAAUGCUGCAAUGAAUUUUCUGCCUCCUGUAUGUAUGUAUGCAUCCUAUUGCUGCAGGACAAAUGUACAGUAAAAGUGACUUCCAAGCACUUGAAUGAAAUUUUGGAGACAGGUUGUUGUGAUAGACGUGUAGGUGGUAAUAAUCUCUGUCUUGUAUCGUCUCUCUUGCCUCUUAGCAGUCCCAAGUUAACCUCAUGCUGCAAAUUGUACAUACAAAGAGUGAUAGUGUUCACUUUUUAUAGAUAUUUGUACAUGCAGACUAACUACUGGAAUUAAAACUUUUUACCACAUGCAA